AUGACUUUAACUGUGCUGUUACACGCCGAACACUCUAAUGCCCCUAAUACCACUGAGUCAGGUAUCAUCACAGGAUACUUACAGGUCUGUCAUCCCACAGGUGCGGGCAUCACGUUGAUCGAGGCUGUGAAAGCGAACGACUUGGGUCUCGUGGCCGAACUACUGGCAGGCGGCGCCGACGUCAUGCAGGUGGACAGCAUCAAACGCACUCCCCUGCACUGGGCGGGGCGAAUGGGCUACACAGGUAUCCUCAAACUCUUGUUAACUUAUAACCCGGACAUGGACGCCUUGGACAGAGACAGCUCAACGGCGCUGGGUCUGGCCAGGUGGCAGAAACACACGGAGGCCGAGGCUGUGCUGGCGGCGAACAAGGAGCACAAUACCUUUGCUGGAGGUUGCCAAUACGACCAAGAACUUCACCUGAACGGGGACUCAUGGGCCACCGUCUGCCAUAACCAUGUGAGACAGAUAAUAAGAGCAGUCCGAUCCGAAAGGCAUUAUCAUUCUGACCGGCGUGCCGCUCGCGCCCCAGGCUGCAGCGUGGGCGAGGAGACGCAUGCCGACGGCGCGGCGUGGAAGAGUGGCUGCUACGAAUACCGCUGCGACGCAGGCACCGUGGCCGAACCAAGCCUUCUGCCAUCAUGCUGCGAGAGCGAGGGCGAGGUAUACUCAGACGGCCGCUCGUGGACGAACGGCUGCUACGCCUACACGUGCAACAAUGGCGCCACCAGUGGUCCCAGUCUGCUAGAUGCCUGCUGCAAGGAUGGCGACGUAGUGUUCGAAGAUGGUUACGAAGCUCUGGAAGGAUGUCAUGGCCUCACCUGCAGCGCCGGCGUGCUCGACCGACACAUCGCGCCCACGUGCUGCGUGGUGGGAGCCGAGGUCCAGGGAGAUGGCAGCACAUGGCAAGCAGGAUGCCACAACUAUACAUGCACAGAGGGGGUCGUACAAACCAUCGCUGUUCUCGAAACAUGCUGCCAAGUUGAAGCAGAGGUGUACCCCGACGGCCACACCUGGGUCGAGGGCUGUCACAACUACUCCUGCAUCGCCGGCGAACUGGAGGAGCCGACCGUUCUCCCGACCUGCUGCGAGGCGGGCGGCCGGCUGCACCCGGACGGAGCGGGCUGGACGCUGGGUUGCCACCAGUACUCCUGCGCCGACGGCGUCACGAGCCCUCCUUCCAUCCUCGAUACGUGUUGCGAAGUGGGAGAAGCAGUCUAUCCUGACGGACACAACUGGACCGAUGGAUGCAUGCAGUACACCUGUAAUGCUAGCUCCGUUGAGACAUUGGCGAUCCUUGUCACGU